AUGUCUUUAGAACAAACAGCAUGUGAUGACCUGAAGGCUUUUGAGAGGCGCCUAACUGAAGUAAUAGCUUGUUUACAACCAGCAACAACAAGAUGGAGAAUCGUUUUAGCAGCGGUUUCAUUAUGUACAGCUAUAGCUGCUUGGCACUGGUUGACUGAUCCCCUAACACCAGUUGUGUCCCUCACACAGUCACUAUGGAAUCAUCCCUUUUUUGCGGUCACAUCCACAUUGUUAGUGUUACUCUUCAUGAUGGGAGUGCACAGAAGAGUGAUAGCUCCCAGCAUCAUCACAGCUCGUACGCGUUCUGUGCUCAAUGACUUCAACAUGUCGUGCGAUGAAACAGGAAAAUUAAUCCUCAAACCGCGACCAGCGAACAACAUGAGUUGUCUUAGUCACUAG